GAGCAAAGAGUCCACCUCCGACCACAGUGGACAACAAUGACAAACAUUCAAACGAAAACAACAAACCCGAAGSCUUGUCUCAGACCAAGACCAGCUUGGGGGCUUCUACCCCUGCUGGAGGAGGGGAGGUCAGGCUGAGGGACAGGAGGAGGCGAGAGUCCGCCCCAGUUAUUGCAAUGCAAGACCUGGAUCAGGCCCACUCUGCUGGGUCACACAACCAGUCGGUGAGAGGAGCACGCAGGGUGUCGAAGGGGUCCCAGCGGGCGGUACUGACCAGCUGCCUCUCUGAAGACAGYGCAAUGGAGGGACUGGAGGCUAUUGGGGAGUUAAACACGCCAAAAGGAAGUCGCAGGAAUUUCAUAGAACUUAUGAUGAGCAGUUCUCCUCAGGUUCGGAGGUCUCUGAUUAACCGUGGCCCACGCGUCCGAGACUCMGUGAGGAGCGACGGCGACUCUGCGUCGCUCCACUCCUCGGCCACGGACGAGGACUGCGCCUCGGUAACCCUGGACCCGCUGGAGCACGAGUGGAUGCUCUGCGCCUCGGACGGCCUGUGGGAGAGUCUGCAGCCCCUGCUCGCCGUCGAGCCGGGCCUCGUGGCCAAACGAGAUUUCGUGACCGGCUUCACCUGCCUCCACUGGGCCGCGAAGCAGGGCAAAGCCGAGCUGCUCUCUCAGCUGCUGGCCUUCGCCAAGGAGAACUCGAUACCCGUGAAUGUGAACGGGAGGUCGGGGGCUGGGUACACACCGCUGCACCUGGCUGCCAUGCAUGGACACACACAGGUGGUCCGUGUGCUGCUGUCAGACUGGGCAGCCGACCCCGAGGCUCGAGAUUACAGCGGCAGGCGAGCCAUCCAGUACCUGCCUCCGCCGGUCGCCGAUGUCCUGCAGAAAGAGGGCGUGGUCACCUCACCAACGCAGGGGUCCGGUGCGGGAAACAGCACCAGCAGCAACGGAGGGCGGGGCUGGAGGCUGGCCAAAGUCCUCCAGGGCAACCUGAACCCCCUGCGGCUUCUGAGCCCACCGGCAGAGACGGCAGAGGAGUCAGCGGGGGCCGACAAGACCAAGGGGGGCUUGCAGAGGAAGUCGUCUUUGGGCCGGCUGAAUGCCCGGCUGCAUCGCGGGCGCCAUCGAGCCCAGAUCAUCCACAGCGCCUCCUUUAGGGACACGGGGGAGGUGGGAAGGGGGGAGGAACUCCCCAGGAGUCCUCUCCGAACCCGACCUCUGUCCAACCUGUUUGGAUGAAGUCAAACCAGCAGUGUGGCGACGUCAACCUUUGAUUAGCAGAUUAUUAAUAAUCUGACAGGUCAGAUUUUCACGAUGAAGUCUAUCAAUACAGAUUAUAUUUUAUAUUGUAGAGGUUUACAGGAAGUACCACAAAUGUAUGUUUUUCUUAAAGUAAUUUAUUUUGUUCCUAAUGCAGUAGUUGGAUUUWUUUGUUGAUCACAAAGGGCACACGUAGCAUUUUAUUUCCAACAAUUAUUUAACUAAAUCAUCRUUUUUUAUCGAUUAAGAGCAGCUGAAACAUUACAUCAGGUGUGUAGCAGCAGAAAGACGCUCACACAAAUGCAAAAGCACCAACAUGUAACGUUGGCGCAGGUUUUCUCAGUAGCAUUGUGUUACAUUUAGGAAACACUCACAACUGGUUCCACACUGUUCGCCAAAACCACUUCUUUUUUUCUUUUUCUUUUCUUUUUUUACAAAGUGAUGUAUUUAUAGAGUUCACCUUUUACAUUCCAAGUUCCUGUAAUUGGAUGGUGCUGAUGUUUUUUAUUGUAGAUUUCUGUAUCAUAAAGUAAUGUGUUUAUUUUCAGAGUAGCACACUUUAAUAUUCCAGUUUCUUGUAUGGAUCAACUGUUUGCACUUGUCACUUUAAAGUUAGUGGAAGUUAAAGUACAAAUUAGAUUUAUUUCCUUCUAAACCUUUCGCCUUUGUUAACCUAUGAGUGCCACACAAAAUAGUCAGCAGAGACAACAUUGGGAAGUUUUUUUUUUCUGUUUUUUUUUUAAUAGAGAAAGAGGGAGCACUGAUUAUUUUCACAAAAAGGCUGUUUUGUAGUGUUGAAGCACAAAAAGCACAGUUUAAAUGUGUUUUUUUUUUUUUUGAGUAAAAUGCUCCUCAAAUGUUCUAUUACUUUUCUUUGUUUUUAUUUUUUGGCAUGUUCACACUUUUUUUGGCACUACCUUUAAAACCGAGUGAGUUAUUUUUAAUGUUCUUUUUCACGCAUGACACUGUUUUCAUUAAAAAUCGAUUCUAUAAACACGACAGUUUUGUUGUUUCUGAAAUUUUGAUUUGAAAUUAUUGCAAAGAAACUGAUCGAGAAUGUUACCAGUUUUUCAUCAAUGGUUUUACAGUGAAUAUAGAAGACUUCAGCUUGGGACAGUGUUUGCAGGUUCUUUAUUACACAGUUUUGCACAUUUAAAAUCCAUUGAUUAUUUAAGAUGAUUUUACUAUAAAAUGUCUAGAAUUUGCUAUGAUGGACUUCCAUACUGGUGGUUUCCCUAAACAUGUAAACCUCAACAUCUCAACCUAGACUUUCUGAAUGUUCCCUUUUGUUUUCUGUAGCAUUUCUACUUAAAUCAUAGGACUUUGUAUAAUUGUAUGAACAACACUUUAACAAACAGUUGUACUUUUUUAACUGCAUGAACUCUAAAGGCUGUAAAAAGUUUAUUUUUUGUGUCUGUGUUCUUUGUGAAAUACUGUGAAUUUAUUCUGUGUAAUUCUUGUUGAGUCUCUUUUUUUGUCUGUUGAUAAAUGUGAAAUAAAGCAAUAUUGUUUGCAUGAAAGUAAACAGUAAAUUAAACUGUAUUACUGCCAUAGCAACUAAACCAGUGAGAAACCAAUAAAUUAAGAAAUCAUUGCUAUAAUU